AUGACAGGAAAGGCAGUAAAAGGAAGUGUGAUAGCUGAUCUCCUAGUUGAAAACUCAAUCAAUGAUUACGAAGCCCUGGAUUUCAAAUUCCCAGACGAAUAUAUUAAUGCAGUUGAUGCUGAGGGUCCAAAUGAUGUGUGGGAAAUGCAUUUUGAUGGAGCAGUCAAUUUAGCCGGUAAUAGGAUCGGAGCAGUGCUGGUUGCCCCAGAUGGGAAACAUUUCCCAAUAGCUGUUAAGUUGAGAUUCGGCUGCACUAACAAUGUAGCAGAAUAUGAAGCUUGCAUGAGUGGCUUACAGGCUGCCAUUGAAAUGAAGAUAAAGAAAUUAGAGGUGUACGGGGAUUCAACUCUGAUCAUUUACCAAGUCAAAAGGGAAUGGCAAACUAAAGACCCGAAACUGAUCCCGUAUCAAAAAUAUCUCCUUGAAUUGAUCAAGGAAUUUAAAGAGAUUUCUUUCACUCACCUGAGCUGGGACAAGAACCAAUUUGCUGACGCCUUAGCUACUUUAGCUGUGAUGACUCAGAUGGGGGAAGGGCAGAUAACACAGUUAUUACAAAUCAAAGUAAGGAGUGAGCCAGCAUACUGCUUUAUGAUCGAAAAAGAAACAGACAGCAGACCCAGGUAUCAUGAUAUCCAGGUGUACAUCAAAAAUAGGGGGUAUCCUCUUGGGGCAAGCAGAAAUGAAAGAAGAAUGAUCAGAAGGCUAGCAAUGGGAUAUUUCCCCAGUGGAGAAACAAGAGAAGCUCCAAUGCAAUGGGUAUAUGAUGGCAAAGCAGAUUUUAAGGCAGGGUUACUUCUAGACCACUUUGGAAAAGGACUGCAUUGA